AUGCGACAUUUACCUGUUGGCAUGUGCAAAUUUUUGAGUCAUAUUUUUGGUCGAAUUUUUGGAUUGUUCUUCUCAAAUAUGAUCAUAUCAGUACAAAACGUAUGGUUAAAGAUUGGUGGUGUUUUUCCUUAUUGUCACCCCAAAAGUAUAAUGCCUUCAAUACUGCACUUGGGAAAAAAGGCCAAUGAAAUGGACUCAGGGCUGAUCACAUCGAGAGCCGAUCGAAAUAUAAAUUAG